AUGGCCGAAUCCCUACACAAUGCACCCAUCGUGUUAGACAACGGCUCCGGCACGAUACGAGCAGGCUUCGCAGGAGACGAUGUACCAAAAUGUCACUUCCCCUCCUUCGUCGGUCGGCCCAAACACCUGAGGGUGCUGGCCGGUGCAUUGGAGGGAGAGGUCUUCAUAGGGGAGAAGGCGGCGACAGAACUUAGGGGACUAUUGAAAAUUCGGUAUCCUUUGGAACAUGGCAUUGUCACGGAUUGGGACGAUAUGGAGAAGAUAUGGGAAUACGUGUACAGUGAAGGCUUGAAGACGAUGAGUGAAGAGCACCCUGUUCUCUUGACCGAACCACCCCUCAACCCCCGCGCGAACCGCGACACAGCCGCCCAGAUCCUCUUUGAAACCUUCAACGUGCCCGCCCUCUACACCUCGAUCCAAGCCGUCCUCUCGCUCUAUGCAUCCGGGCGCACGACAGGCUGCGUCCUCGACUCAGGCGACGGUGUCUCGCACGCGGUACCUGUCUACGAAGGCUUCGCCAUCCCGUCCUCGAUGCGGCGCAUCGACGUCGCCGGCCGCGACGUCACUGAGUACAUGCAGACGCUGCUCCGCAAGAGCGGCUACGUCUUCCACACCUCGGCCGAGAAGGAGGUGGUGCGCCUUAUCAAGGAGUCCGUCUCGUACGUGGCCGCCAACCCCAAGCAAGAAGAAAAAGACUGGGCCUCGUCCAAGCUCGAUCAGGGACGCGUCGCAGAGUACGUGCUGCCUGAUGGCAAUAGGCUUAAGAUUGGGCAGGAGCGGUUCCGCGCCCCGGAGAUCUUGUUCGAUCCUGAGAUCAUUGGGUUGGAGUACCCCGGUAUACCGCAGAUUGUCACGGAUUCAAUCAACAGGACGGAUUUGGACCUGCGCAAGGCGCUGUUUAGCAACAUUGUGCUCAGUGGCGGGAGCACGCUAACAAAGGGCUUUGGUGACAGGCUGUUGAAUGAGGUCAAGAAGUUGGCAGUUAAGGAUAUGCGCAUUAAGAUCUUUGCGCCGCCGGAGAGAAAGUACUCGACGUGGAUUGGUGGUAGUAUUCUAGCGGGGUUGAGUACAUUCAGAAAGAUGUGGGUGAGCAUUGACGACUGGCACGAGAACCCGGACAUUAUCCACACGAAGUUGACGUAG